CUAAAUCGGGACUUUUUCUCACGACGAUUGAGAUGCAUUCGCGCUCCGCCCUAGUCUCCCGAUUCCUCCGUCCGGCGUCGAGAUGCUUCUCCUCUUCCUCGCCGGUAACUCCCGUCACCGUAACGCAAUCUCCCAAGAGUCUCGAGGCUCUUCGAGCGCGGCUGGCGAAUGAGUCGCCUUCCCUAACUGAUUUCAUCCACGGCGAUACCUAUUCCGUGGAGGUUGGAACCAAGAAGAAACCUCUCCCGAAACCUAAAUGGAUGAAGGAAUCUAUUCCCGGCGGCGAGAGGUAUGUCCAGAUCAAGAAGAAAUUGAGAGACCUUAAGCUUCACACCGUCUGCGAGGAAGCUAAAUGUCCCAAUCUCGGUGAGUGCUGGUCUGGUGGCGAAACUGGAACCGCCACCGCUACGAUUAUGAUCCUUGGGGACACGUGUACACGCGGCUGCAGGUUUUGUAAUGUGAAGACAUCGCGUACACCUCCACCGCCUGAUCCAAAUGAACCUAACAAUGUGGCUGAAGCAAUUGCAUCUUGGGGGGUAGAUUAUGUGGUGAUCACCAGUGUAGAUCGAGAUGAUUUACCUGAUCAAGGGAGUGGCCAUUUUGCUGAAACAGUACAGAGAUUGAAAGUCUUGAAGCCGGAGAUGUUGAUUGAAGCACUAGUUCCUGAUUUCCGUGGAGAUGGUGGAUGUGUUGAGAAGGUUUCCAAGUCAGGGCUUGAUGUCCUUGCUCACAACAUUGAGACUGUUGAAGAGCUUCAGAGUUUUGUGCGGGAUCAUCGUGCUAACUUUAAGCAGUCACUUGAUGUGCUUAGGAUGGCUAAGGAGCAUGCUCCUGCUGGCACCUUAACAAAGACCUCUGUAAUGCUGGGAUGUGGUGAGACUCCUGAUCAAGUGGUUAAGACAAUGGAGAAAGUCAGAGCAGCAGGGGUUGACGUUAUGACUUUUGGUCAAUAUAUGCGACCGUCUAAACGGCACAUGCCAGUAGCUGAGUACGUGACACCAGAUGCCUUUGAGAGGUAUCGGCUUCUUGGCAUGGAAAUGGGAUUCAGAUACGUAGCAUCAGGACCAAUGGUGAGGUCGUCGUACAAAGCGGGAGAGUACUACAUAAAGUCGAUGAUAGACGCUGAUCGAGUUGCUUCUCCUUCUACCUCCCCGUAGAUACUCAUUCAAGAUUACUCUAUGAUAUGUGAAUUCUUUCACUUUAUUGCUUUGUUUCUUCUGCGGGUAAGCCAUUCACAACACUUAUCCGCGACAUUCUGAAUAAUGAUGAGAAUAUGUA